UUCUCAUCACUAGAAUCUUGGCAUCACGAUCACAAGGGGAGGACCUCUUCUCUGCAAAGGCGAGGAAGGUGUGACUGUGCCUCAGAUAGACGAGAGCGGGGAUCCUGUAUGUGAUCCCACUGGGCUCCUUCUCGAACAAAGUUGUUUUGGCCAGUUCCUCCACGCUGCCACUCUUCGACGCCGUGUUCCCCAUGGUGGAUCCGGGCUCCUGGGGACAGACAACGAUCCGGAUGUGUGACCGGCGUGUGUUUGUGCUCUUGUUGUGGCUUUAAACGCACACACUGGUGCUCGGAGUUGUGUGAUGCAUGGCACAUGACCGCACAGCCACACACCGAAUCUAAUGCACAGUGCGUGGACCGCAACGAAGCGUCUUACCUUCACUUGUCACUCGUCGCGCUCGUCCCCCUGGAUUCGUGCGUUAUCGACAUCACAGCGUCUCAUUUCACGCUGAACCAGGGACCUUUAGUGUUCACGACACUGGUGCUGUGGGUUCAUCGGAAGAGAAGACUCGCGCUGGAGCGAGAGGGACACUCGCGCGCACUUCCUCGUUGGUCGUGACGAAGCCCGGUCAGCAACGUAGCCUGGAGCAGCGAAGACUCCAUUGAACUGUGUCUUUUCCCGUUGUUAUGCUAACAUUAUAGCAGACAAGCUAAAUGCUAGCUGAAACAGGCGACGAGUAACCAGUCUUCCGCUGCACUCACAGGAAUCAGUGCACUGUGAUGACCGCUAGCUAGCCGGUUUAAACGAAUAGCGGUGGGACGUAACGUUUUCUUAUUAAUAAUCUUAUAAAACACAUUUGCGUUGCGUGCUGGAAAACUCCAGCAUAAACGUAACAGUAGCUGUCAAAUGCCCUUAAAUGUUCCAGGCUAGCUAGGCGGUGUAUCAUCUUAACACAGAGUUCAAUCUUUGAGCAUUUACAAUCGGUGCCUAGCUUCAUCGCCCCCUGCCGGACCGGAGGGGGAAACUCCAACUUAAAGCGCUGUUGCUAGGAUACUCAGCACCACAUAGGCGCUGCAGCAGUUUGUUCAGCGCGUGAGAAACGUCACUAACAAGCGUAUCAAAAGUUUGUUUCCCUCUUUUCCUCCAGAUACAUGGAUUGAGAUGAGAAAUCAAGAUGACUGCUGCGUCCUGUAAACUGGAGGACGGACAGGGACAUGCCACCAAAUGUUUCCCUGCUCGGUCAUUGCUCCAUCGAAGGAAGGACGGUGGUGGACACUGGCUUGUGGCUUACAGGAAGGCAGAGGAGCAGAGUGACAGUCACGUGCACAGACGGAUUAAAGAGACUCAUAAAGAACAUGUGAACAUUGCAGUGACUGAUGUGCCUCACGGUCACACGUUAAACGGACCCUUCCUCCUGCGGUUACAUUGUGUGGAUAAACCAUCUGAGCUGUGCACCGUUCACAUCAGUGAACAGGAGCUGGAUUCUGUGACGCCUGAAGAUCUCAAGAUGUUCGAUAGCGUAGCUUACAUCGAUGCCUCCGUCAACCUCCUGUCUUUAGGGUCUUUCAGCAGUUUCGUGUCUUUACGAGAACUCAAUCUGUCUGUGAACGGGAUUCACCACAUGAUGUUUGAUGCCUCUGACUUCCCUCAUCUCCAGGUUUUGGAUUUGUCCUACAACAGUCUGUCAGCUGAUGAUGUUGUGUCCGUCGGUCAUCUUUCUCGUCUUAAAGUGCUUCAUCUGACUGGAAAUCAGCUUCAUCAUCUUCCUCCUGAUCUGGGAUCAACUCAGCUGUCAGCUUCAGAAGAAGAAUCACAGUUUAAAGCUCUGGAAGUUCUGAUGCUUGAUGACAACAACCUUUCCUCUGGAGUCUUCAACAGUCUCAGAAACCUGAAAAGGUUAAAGUAUUUAAAUCUACAGGGGAACCGCAUUUCUGAAAUCCCAUACGUACAUCCAACGGGCUCUUUAGAACCUGCAUCCAUUUCUGAAAAGGAACCCGGGGAAGACAAACCUGCUCACACUGAGCCAGACCCUAACAACCAUGAAUCUGUCAAGAGAACUUCGCAGGAAAACCUGGAGGAGCUCUGCGAGGGAUCCAGUCUGCCACUGCCAGAGCUUCAGUUCCUCAAUUUAUCUGACAACAAAAUUGCAGAGGAGGAAGCACUGAUGGCCGCCGCUUUUUUCCCCAUGCUUCGUGAAAUCGAUAUUCACUCCAACCCUCUGACCACACACAGAAGCGGAGACCCUCCCUUGCUGACCUACUACCUCCAGGAGAGACUGGGGAUAACACUAAAGCGUAAAGAGACACGCGAAGUUGUGAAGAUGCCGCUGAAAGUGUCCACUGUUCCAAAAUGGAAGGUGGAAGAAAGACUCCCGAAGGUGUCAAAGAAUUACUUUCUGAUGGCCGAGGAAACUGUAAAGAAAACACCGGAGUGUGAGGGGAAGAACAACGAAGACGGCCCCUUCACAGAAAACACUGACUUCUUUGUCACUCAGGCACCAGACAUUUCUAACUUUGAUGAAAAAGAGACGACAGAGCACCAGGACGCCGCCGUUCCUGAAGAAUUCCACCACUGCCAAACGUUGACGGACCCGAAACCAAACCCCGGUGUGGUGGAGCCCGUUGGAAUUCAAACAGCUGUUCGGAUGCUGGAACACACACUGAAGACUCUCAAUGUUUACGGAGACUCAAAACCAAAGUCUGAUAGCAUCCAGAUGCCACACAGAGAGAAAGAGAGAAAGAUAAAAGAUCUUCCACCUCUGAGACUGGCGAAGCAGCCGGCAGAGAGGGUGGAUGAAAUGCUCAAGCAAAUCAGAGAGAGUACAACGAUAAGAGAACUCACCCUGAGCGAUGCCAUACACGGCACACGUGUGAACAAGCAGGAACAUAAGGAGGUUUUAUCGCUGCUGAGGGACAUGAAGACAAAGUACAAGAUGCUGCACAAGAAAAGCAUUGAACAACUAGCCAGCGUUGAGUCUGACAGAAACACUGAUCUUCAUCAAGCUUCACCUCCACCUGGUCAGACGCUCUAAUUCAUGUCCAGAUGUUUAGAUGCACUUGUCUUCCUGCUUUGCUGAUGGCGGUGUACACCCGGUGUCGGAGGAACUGAAAUCUCCAUCUCAUUAAUACUAUCAAAGGAAUAUAGUAUUUCUUAAUAUGUCAAAUGCUUUGAAACCAUCUGGAGAAUAUUUAUACUCUGCCAGAUAAAGGUAAUUAAUAGAUUUACUAUCUCAAAUCUCCUGGUUUGUUAUUAGGUAUUUGGCUCUAUAGGUAUCGGACAUAUUUAAUUGUAUGAUUCAUAUAUGUUCGGUCAUUAUUUCAUUUCCAUCAGGCAGGAUCCAGAGCACACAGCCUAGCAGUUGUUUGUCAUUUGUGAGCAGACCUCAGCAGCUCAGUAAGAUUUACAGCUCACACGAUCAUGUCUUAUUACAGCACUGGUUGAUCUGUUCUACAUGACGUUCCAACAAGCUCAAUGUUUCUUUUUUUCUCAUUUGGAGUCAUGUUUCAAUGUUUGUUUUCGUUGUUCAUUCCUUGUUUGAUUUCAUGGCUCGGUCCUUCAUAUGAUUCCAAUUAUCUGUCUUCGGCGCCACUCGCAGGUUUUGUGGAAUGCGAGUUCAGCCCAGGUGAAAUAAAUCAAUAGGUGCUGUGAAGAUGCUGUCAUGCACGAUUCUACUUUAUUACCUUCAUCUGGGAAUAUUUCCCUGCUUCUGUAUCUAUUAAAUGGUACAUAAAAUAUGCAUUACAUAUUGUAUAAUAUACCCGAUGGAAUCUGUGGGCCUUGUCACCCUGUCCCAUAAUUCAUGUUUUAUUUUGAAAUAAUAAAAAAGUUGUAUUUUGAUUUAAUUUCAAAUGUCAUUUAA